CUGUGCAGGGGGAUCAGACCAAGGUAAAGUGCACUUAGACGUUGUCUGUUCUGAUGGAGAUGUGAUUGUAUGAGAACCGAACCGGUGCUGUAAUCAACUUCUUCUUGAAUCUUAAAUCUUUAUGUCAGAGUUCUUAAUAUAUAACAUCUUCCUACUCCGAGUGCUCUGACCAAACAGGAUGUUGGACCUUGGAUAUCAUGACAAUAUCGAUCCUGGUCCUGGAAGGCCACUAACCUGCAUGUUUCUGUGCUGAUGUGCUCACCUGGAUUGCUUCGGUCUGUGGUUAACAGUCUUUUGGAAACUUGAGGACGUGUGGAAAAGCCCUGAAUCAGUUGUGUUGAAUCGUGAAGACAACCAUGCAAGAUAGCGGGCCCUUAAAAAAUGAGGAUUUGCUUAGAUCAGUGGUGUCCAAUGCUGCUAGAGAGCUCCUAUCCAGCAUGCUGUAGAGGUUUGUCUGCUUCAACACACCUGGUUUUAUCAGUGGGUGGAGUUUGAUGCAUCAGGUGUGUUUGAGCAUUAAAAAAUCAUGCAGGAUGGCCCUGCCUUAGAUCCACCUUUGUGAGCUGUUCUGUUGUCUUUUUAUCCAGUAGGUGGUGCUCCAGAUCCACUCAUGGAGGAAUCAGUGGGAUGAGGAGCACCACUGCCCCUCCUGUACGCUGCACCCCGGUGUUGUUUUCCACUCCUGGAUGGUGAUGGUGAUGAUGAUGAGGUGCGUGAGACGCCAGCGCAGAACUGGGGUGAGGAGGCGGAUAAUGAGCGGACCAGACAGACACACACAUCCUGUCCACCAAAUCCACCCUGCCUCUGAUCACUGGAGUCACCAUGAAGAGCAAACUGAGGAGUAAAAUUUCAUAUGCGGAGGACUGAGUGAAGCUGCAGCAUGGCGGGGGGUCGGAGGGGACUUGUGGCCCCCCAGAAUACUUUUUUGGAAAAUAUUGUCAGACGGUCGAAUGUUUGGACACUGUCACAUAGACAGACAGACACCAACUUUGUCCUGGGGAACGCUCAGAUAGUGGACUGGCCCAUUGUUUACAGCAACGAUGGUUUCUGCAAGCUGUCUGGUUACCACAGAGCGGAGGUGAUGCAGAAAAGCAGCACCUGCAGCUUCAUGUACGGGGAGCUCACAGACAAGGACACGACGGAAAAAGUCCGGCUAACAUUUGAGAAUUAUGAGAUGAACUCGUUUGAAAUACUGAUGUACAAGAAGAACAGAACACCUGUUUGGUUUUUCGUGAAGAUUGCUCCCAUACGAAAUGAACAAGAGAAAGUAGUUCUGUUCCUUUGCACGUUCAGUGACAUCACUGCCUUCAAGCAGCCAAUUGAAGACGAUUCCUCCAAAGGCUGGGGGAAGUUUGCUCGACUGACUCGAGCUUUAACAAGCAGCAGGGGAGUCCUACAGCAGCUUCAACCCACAGUUCAUAAAGGAGAGAACGUCCACAAGCACUCCCGUCUAGCUGAGGUGCUGCAGCUUGGCUCAGACAUCCUACCUCAGUACAAGCAGGAGACCCCCAAAACUCCUCCUCACAUCAUCCUGCACUACUGCCUCUUCAAGACCACAUGGGACUGGGUCAUCCUCAUCCUCACCUUUUACACCGCCAUCAUGGUGCCCUACAACGUCUCCUUCAAGACGAAGCAGAACAACGUGACAUGGCUGGUGGUCGACAGCAUCGUGGACGUCAUCUUUUUGGUGGAUAUUGUUUUGAACUUUCACACCACGUUUGUCGGACCUGCUGGCGAGGUGAUCUCAGACCCGAAGCUGAUCCGAAUGAACUACCUGAAGACCUGGUUCGUCAUUGACCUGCUGUCCUGCCUCCCGUAUGAUGUCAUCAACGCCUUUGAGAAUGUGGAUGAGAAUUGGAACCACCGAGCCGUCACUCAAGGCAUCAGCAGUCUGUUCAGCUCUCUUAAGGUGGUCCGCCUUCUCCGUCUGGGUCGAGUUGCUCGUAAACUGGAUCACUACAUCGAGUACGGGGCGGCUGUUCUGGUGCUGCUCGUGUGUGUUUUUGGCCUGGCUGCACACUGGCUUGCCUGCAUUUGGUACAGCAUCGGUGAUUAUGAGGUCAUUGACGAGGAAACCAAUGUUGUCCGAAUGGACAGCUGGCUCUACAUCCUGGCUGAGACGAUGGGACGCCCAUACCGCUUCAACACCAGCGGUUCAGGGAAGUGGGAGGGCGGGCCCAACAAGGACUCCGUCUACAUCACCUCUCUGUAUUUCACCAUGACCAGUCUGACCAGCAUUGGCUUUGGCAACAUUGCCCCGACGACAGAUGGAGAGAAAAUCUUUGCGGUUGCCAUGAUGAUGAUUGGGUCUCUUCUUUACGCCACCAUCUUUGGUAACGUGACAACGAUUUUCCAGCAGAUGUACGCCAACACAAAUCGUUACCACGAGAUGAUCAACAGCGUCCGGGACUUUCUGAAACUCUAUCAGGUGCCCAAAGGCUUGAGUGAAAGAGUGAUGGAUUACAUCGCCUCCACCUGGUCCAUGUCACGGGGUAUAGACACAGAAAAGGUGUUGCAGAUUUGUCCAAAGGACAUGAGAGCAGAUAUUUGUGUUCAUCUCAACCGUAAAGUUUUCAAAGAGCACCCAGCUUUCCGGUUGGCCAGCGAUGGAUGUCUCAGAGCUCUGGCCAUGGAGUUUCAGACGAUCCACUGUGCUCCCGGUGAUCUUAUCUACCACGCCGGCGAGAGCGUGGACAGCCUUUGCUUUGUGGUGUCGGGGUCCUUGGAGGUCAUUCAGGACGAUGAGGUGGUAGCAAUUUUAGGUAAGGGAGAUGUAUUUGGAGACGUUUUCUGGAAGGAGGUAACUCUGGCGCAGGCCUGCGCUAACGUCAGAGCUCUGACCUACUGCGACCUCCACGUCAUUAAACGUGACGCCCUCCAGAAGGUGCUGGAGUUCUACACGGCGUUUGCCAACCACUUCUCCAGAAACCUGCUGCUCACCUACAACCUGCGAAAGAGGAUUGUCUUCAGGAAGAUUAGUGAUGUCAAACGAGAGGAAGAGGAGCGACAACGGCGUAAAAACGAAGCCCCAUUGAACUUACCACCAGAUCACCCGGUACGAAAACUCUUCCAACGCUUUCGACAGCAGAAGGAAGCCCGCAUGGCAACCGGGAAACCAGAAUCUGAUGAACAGGAUGUGGAGAAAGGUCCAGUCUACGUAGAUAUCCCCAUGGCUAAAGCAGCCAUCACAACCACCAGCAUCGUCACAGUAACAGAAAGUCCAGCAACACCUUCAUCUUCAGUUCCUUCACCUUCAACACCUCCCAGCUGCCUUCCCUCAGAUACCGCAAAGCUGCAGGUGCCAUCCCCCAUUUCUCUGGCAGGAAUUCGGCCUGCUGAGCCGGCCAAAGUCAAAGGCUGGGGUCGCUUCAAGGAGUCGAUGGCUAAAGCUGACAAUUGGAAUAAGGUGUCUAAAGCAGAAUCCAUGGAAACUUUACCUGAGCGGACCACUGUACACGAGUCACAAACAUCUCUAAAGAAGACGGACUCGUGUGACAGCGGUAUCACCAAAAGUGACCUACGCCUGGACAAAGUGGGCGAGUUCCGCAUGACUCCUCAGGACCGCAGUCCUGCCCAGCCUCCAGAAACCAGGCAUGCCUUCUACCCCAUCCCAGAGCAGACUCUUCAGGCAUCACUUCAGGAGCUCAAACUGGAGCUGAAGGAUGACCUUAAGAACCUGAACGUUCGAAUGUCCGGCCUUGAGGCGCAACUCGAAGAAGCACUUAAGCUUCUCAAAUCCAGGAAUUCGAGCACUGGCUCUCCGCAACCUCUUUUUGACAUUUCUAGACCUGGUUCACCAGAACUGGACAAAGAGGACAUCUUUUCUUGAAGGACAGAAGAAUCUUCAGGUAACAAGAGAUCCGUGAACUCAGCUGGGAUCCAGUAAUCCUGGGAUUACUGGGAUAGCUGAGGCUGCACAAGGUGCACCUUCUGUAUCAGGUGUCAGAGCGGCCUGUGAGAUUCACCGGCCUUUACAAUAAGGCGUACCCGCCGGAUAAUGAGGAACCGUUGGCAAUUCAAGGUCAGAGCCAAGAUUUUGGUGUUGUAGCACUGAACACUUGAAGGUUACGUAACGGCUGACAGAUCUAUGUUUGUACAUAAUUUAUUUUUCCACUGCGCUAUGUUGGAAAACUAAUUUUCUCAGUCUGGUUUUAUCUUAACAGUAGAUCUUACUGCAGAGUCAUAUCUGUUGGGAGGCUCCAAUGGAGGCAGCAUGACCCACUGGUUUAUUAUUGAAUCACUCGUAAGAGAUUCUUUGCAUGUCAUUUGAAAUAGAUGUGUACUUCUUAUUGCAGACGGGGAGUAGUUGAUGAAUUGAGGCCGCACAGCGAGUCAUUUGCAUUAUUUCACAUUGACAGUGGGGAAAAGAACAGUUAAAACCGUCUCCGAGUGAUUUCCUCAAACGCAUCUCUUAUUAAAAUAUGCCAGGAUCAUUAUGAAUUAUACAACACAUAACUCUGGCCAGGCAAUCUGAUUUCCAAAAUCCUGUUUGAGCAGAGCUUACAAUGUAAUUUUCAUAAACCGCUAAUAGAUGCGCUCCACGGAAAAUUAAUUUAAAUGCUAACUAGUGAGGCGAUGGUGAGGAAGCUACCCAUCUUUCUUGAAGUCUGGUGUUUCUUAAUUUAAUUGGUGAACACAUUCACCACAUGCAUCGUAUACUGUUAUAUGGAGGGUAUGUAAUUCUAGCUUUGGGGAUGCAUAUCAUACUUUGAUUAUGCAAAGAUGAUCCUUCUUAUGACUGCAUCCUGCCUGCUUUUGCAACUCACGAGCACAGCAAGGAUUGCCCAUUGGCAUAACUGGUCUAAAAUAACAUAUAUACAUAUAUUUAUAUUUGCCUGCUCAUUUAAAGGUGAUCACGACAACCAAGUAAUCUGCAAACUCUUUAAACCUUUUCUGUUGAAUGUAGGUCCUGUGCAUGUUUUCAUGUUUAUUUUUUGUUUGCUCAGCUUUUAUUCAAACAGAAUGGCUUUGCAUGAUUCACAGUUUCAACAAAACCGCCUUAUUUAUAUAAAAAUGAUCUUUUAUCUUGCCAUAGUUUCUUUUCUGUCUGAAACAAGGUCCAGAAUGUUAUCUCUGGAGUUCUGCUUUUGCGUAAUUAUCCAGCAUUGAGAAGACUUCAGAGAUUCAGCACCAUUUCCUUUAGCGCAGGUCAGCGUUGGCAGUUUUUGUUCCUCACAACCAUUUCUGGAAAAUCUGUUGAUAAGAUAUCAUCUGAAUGAUAAUAUAUCAUUCUGUCCUCUAAAAGAGGAGAAGCUUAAAAGUUGACAUUUUGAGGUAAAAUGUCCUCAACCAGGGAGUCAAAAUGCAGAUAAUCUGAGUAAAAUAGAAAUAAAACCUGUUUUCCCCCCUAAAAUAGUGCAAACCUAAUCAUGCACGAUGGAUUUUAAAAAGCACUAAUUAUAGGCGUGAGUUUUUUCAGCCUGUUUGCCAACAAUGUUGCAUGUUUACAUUUACUCAUAUUUAUAUUUCCUGGUUAAAAACCUGUGUACAUAUCAGAGAAUCAGGGUUGGUGGCAUGAACUUUUAUCUAGAAAGCAACAGAACAGAAUAUUUAAUCAAAGGGGAGUUAUUUUUUAUUUUGCUGCAAUUCUGCAAUUUUCACAACUUUAAUUUUCAUUGAAGCAUAUUUUUAGAUGCCAUUGCAUGUGAUGACAUUUUAUUUGACAUGUGUUUUGCUUUUUUUAACAAGCAACUUUUGCCAGAUGCAAACAGAUCGCACAAAUCUGCAUCUUAAAUCUAAGAGGAACCCAUUUUGUUGCUUUUUUCAUGUUUCAGCUUCAGCAAGGACUCUUUAAUGAGAGGUAUACUUAAAGGUUAUACCAACAAACUCUAAAGAAACUAUAAAUAUGAAUUUAAUUGACAUCAGAUUUGCACUUCAGUUCAAUAAACCUGUAUUACUAGAUUUAUUCUCUGCCCUUCAGUGAGAAACAAAAUCUCUUAGUGCAGCUUUGUGAUAAAUGAAACACAACUUUAGAUAAAUGAAGAAAUAUUUCAUGAGUUCUGCUCUCAAGCAAUACAAUUUUUAGAGUAAAAAGUGAAAUUUUGUGCUAAAAGAUUAAACAAUGACCUUUAAAAUAACUAAAGCAAAAAUAUUUUAUGAUAUUUGAUAAAUGUGUCAAUCUAUGUAGUUUUAUUGGCAGAUAAACACCAAUGUAUGGAUUGUAGUAACCAGAAUCAUUGUAUUAUAUUUGUCAGCAUUUACAGCAGAGUCAUAUUCAAAUAACCAGUAAACCAGGAGAUCUGAUGGGUCACGCUUUAGUGUGUAUUGACAUUUGAAGAGAAUCACACCCUCUAGUCUAUAAUAUUUAUUCUUCACUUGGAUCGUUUAUGCUGCCUGCAUGCUUUUUCUUUUACCAGACAAAAAAGACGAGCUGAGUGGAAAAAGAUGCUGAGGUUUCGUUGCCUCCAUUUCCAUUAAAAAUUCAGCCUGCAUAAAUAAGCGGGCAUGUCAUCGCUGAAGUGAGAGCUUGUCUGGUUUGGAACCAGCAUUUUGUUAUGUAUUUCUUUUUCUGGAUGCACUUUAAUCAGAAUUUUACCAUUGGGAUAGAAAAGGCUCAUAAAGUUCGUUUCAAACCACAGAUAAUUUAUAAAGUUGCAGCUCGCAAAGGAGGUCAGUGCUGAGGAAUGCAGAAAGGGUGGAGAGAUUAUGUCAGGGCAGAGAGAAUCUAUCCAGUCCUCGGAUAUCUAAAAGUGUUAUGACUAUAAUUAUAUGGAGCUUUUAUGGUUAAAGAGCAAGUCACCCCCAUAAGCUAUAAAUAAGUGUCUAAUAGUACUGUGGACAUCUGUAGUCAUUCUUUUGUAUUUUAGUGCAUUUUACUUAAAAUACAAAUAUUCUGCAUAAAAUCCAUCAGUGUACACCCUCUUCAGGUUAAAAGUCUGCAAUACAUUUGAAUUUGAAUCUGCCAUCUCUGUUGGCUAACCGGGGAUCUGUGGCAUAAGCUGUUACCAUGUGACGUGGCUGCACUACUGUCGUCGGGAGCAGCCAUGCUCCUGGCUGGCUCGGCCAUAGUGGCCUUGGGAAUGUCACGGGCUGAUAGGAAAUGGUACGGCUCAAGCCUAAUUUAUACUUCUCCGUCAGCUUGAGUGAGGAGUCGUGCACAUGAAUUGAGGGAGAUGUUUUCUCUUCUCCAUCACCUGGGGAGAGUUGCACAGCUAUUCCCCGCCCAGACAACAGGGUGUAACACAUUUCUGGGGUACCCUGCCACCAUUAUGGCUAUGUAUCCAGUCCAAGACAGUGUAUGUACGAUUGUGUUUACAUAGUUUUGAUGUAAUUCAGAGGCUUUUUAAAAUAAACAAAAUUGUUCCUCAUUCUCCUCCACCUCUUCAUGCGAUCUGCCCCUUUAAACUCACGUUUCUCCUCAUUUCCGUAAAUGAACAAAACCCUUGCUCCGUGCCUUUGUACCCCUUCAGUCACAGGGGAAUAAAUAAAACUAAUAUUGUCAGACUUUUUUCACAAGGCGCUCUUCAAUCUGUUCCGGGUCUGCCCCUGAAUAUCUUUUUAUUUUUUGAGGGGGCAAUGGCGGUGCUGUUGAAGGAAGAGGUGUCGGGACCAACCACAACGUUGUGGUCUCUGUCACUUGAAGCGCCUCAUGAUUUUUAUCUUGAGAAGCGCUAUAGAAAUGACCUUUUCUUCUUCUACUUGUGAUGGAUAGAUACAAAAUUGGGCAUGUCUCUGUCACCCUCUGCAAGCCUGUCAGAAAGCUCUUGUGCAGACGCGUUAUGGCAUUGCAUGUCUCCAUACUGACGGAGACGUAUACAUUAAGCUUCAGGAGCGCUCAUGUACUCCAAAAAUCUUUCCUCUGGUGAAGGAGGUGUAGCAAGAUCCUCCAGACUAGGAAGUAUGCUGCUGUGUCUCCGUCCAAGCAGGAUGUAUGUGUCUAAUAGCGGCUCAAUAGCUAAUCUCCAAGUGGAGGUGUGGGUGUCCUCUUGGUCCACCAGGCAGCACCUCACUGUGGAGCAAAGAGGAACUGUGGGUGGUGUCAGAAUUGGGGGAUGGGGGGGCUUGCUCUUUAAAAAUAUGGGAUGUUCAAUAUUGGCUUUUUCACUAACAUAGUCUGAUACCAAUAUAUGUGGGGUCCUUCCCCUCAACAAAGAACAUAUUUUAGGUAACUUACAUCACAUUAUCUUCUAUCAUGCUAAACUUUAAACAUAAUUUGUGCAAAACAGGACAACUACUUCAAUUUAAGUUAGGCCAGUUGAAAUAGCUCACAAAUUAAACAUUGGAUCUGCCAUAUUUUGACAUUUUGAAAGAGCGGAGAGGUAGAUGAAAGGUUUGAUGUAUAAUAUGUGCAUGGUAUGUAAAAGUUGCGUCAUUAAAUGAGUAAAAACCGAUCCUGAUGAUUUCCGAUAUUACAUUUUCUGGCCAGUAUCAGCCGAUUAUAUUGGUAGACUGGUGAAAUCGGACAUCCCUAAUAAAAAUGACAGACUGGGCAGAAACUGAUGUCCUGUGAGAGUAUAGAAUUAUUGUUAACUCUUCAUUUUACAGUGCCCUAAUUACUAAGUACUUACAUGGUAAUUACUAAAUGACAACUUUCACUAAUCCAGUGAAAAAACAUCCAGUUAUAGUUUAAACCAUAACAUUUCUCAAGUUAUUUCUGCCUCUCACUACAAUUACUGCAAAGCGGGAGCGUGUUGAGUCCGCUCAGCUGAUGAAAUAAAGUUAACUUGUGUCUAAUCAGCCCCUCUGAAAAGAUCUCCUUUUAAAAAUCAAUGCCUCCAACUGCUGCCAUUCUUCACUCUUUGAUUUCAUUGGAUUUUCUUCAAGGUUGAUUCCUCUGGUGAAGAAGUUCGGCCUCUCAGCACGUCAAUAAUCUAGAUCCAACAUACCGAUAAAAUCCAACUAACUAUGCAACACUACAGAAGGAAAACUGGAUUAGACAUCCGCCACGGGCCACGGUCACUGUGCUAAGCACCAAAUCAGCACAAUUCAAAUCGUUUUCCUCUUCAUAUCUAGCCAACAGUGUGACAUUUUGUUCCCUCUAUUAAAUUCAUCUUGUCUUUAUUGAUCGCUUUGGUGGUAAAACUGUAAAUGAAUCAUGUUAUAGUUGGAUUGUAGUCGUGUAGAUCGUGUUCAAACUAAAGCAGCUUUAAAAUUUAACCUCAAGUGGAAACUGUAAAUCUCUGAAUGUCACAGAAGUUUAAGCGAAAACAAACAAAAAUAACCUGCACUGACUUUUAUUAACAACUUUUGUUCUAAUCCAACAAAGAGCAGAUAUAGUUUUACAACUGAAGAUUUGUUGGAUUUUAAGAUUCGUAAAAUGCUCUUUGAAUUUACUCAUGAUGAAGCUUUGAUUAAACUCUCUUGUUUCACCAACGACACAUGAAUGGAACAGCUGAUAUCUGUAAAGUAUUUUUGAAGCUUUUAUUUUAAACGACACAAACUCAGACUCUUAAGUGCGUCCUCCGUGUUCGUUAUGCUGCUAUGUUUUGUUAGAAUUCAAUCGGUUAAGCUUUUGGUUUUGUUGGGAACAUUAGAGCAUGCAAAUUUCAUUAUUUACUUUUUUACAAAUCAGAUUGUGCCACUGCUUGAAAGCUUUCCAACAGUCAAGACUUGUGCAUUUUAAAACAUCCCGAUUCAAGGUAAUAAAUAUACUAAAACGGGCUGAAAUUCACAAGAAAAUUCAGAUCCCUGAGAGCAAUAUGUAGCUGUGUUUUAACGUCUCUUUUAAAAUGCUUAAAACCUUAAGCUACUGCACUAAUUCCACUCAUUAACCCUCACAUUACUGCAGUCAUUAUCAGUGAUCGUGACUCUGAAGCAUGCAAACUUGUGCCUUCAUAACCCCCUCCCCCUCAGCCUGCAGAAAGUAAAGCAGUGCUCAAAAUCCAAAAACUACAAUUUGAACGAAGUUCUAUUUUUGUGGUCAGCUGUAGAAGAGCUGCCUCUACCCACAGAAACCAACACGUAAAUAUGCACAAGUUAGAAAGCAAUGUUAAGAUAAAGAGAUAUGUUUGAAUUUGAUGUUUGUAUUAUGCACAUCCCUCCGUUCACAAGUCCUGUAGUGAGAAAUGUACUAUUUCAAGCACAAUGGGAACUCUUUGUUAUGAAAUGUGACAUACUGUGCUCUUCAGAAUAAAUAUUUUAUACAUACAGCUUCAUGUCUCUUUUCCCUGAGGGAUUCGUGCCGUGUUGGUCAUUUUGGGGCUUUAUUUUUUAUUUUUUUGCAGCUCACCUUGCGGGCAGGACUCGUCUCUUAAGAAGCUGUAACCAGAGCAGGGGUUUUCUCCAGCUGAUCUUCUUAUGUCAGAUAAACCUCACACUUUUGUGCUCAUUUAAGAGGAUUCUUCACUGACCCACCCCCCAACGCUGACGCUGAUCCAACCACAGAUGUGAUAAUCCCAAAGAAAGAAAUCAAGCUAAUGGAAGCACCUGAGGCAGAACAGAAGACAGCAAACUUGAAUGGUGUGCAGACAGAAUGGCUUUUAUUUAAAGACAAAUAACAGAUUGUCAUUGGUUAUAUUUAUGUAAACAAGUCUGACAUGAAACCCACUAAUCCUCCUGAAGCCCGAAUCUCACAGCUUUAUUUACUGCGCUACAUAAAUAACACAAGGGUGAGAAUGUAUUUGACAUGUUGAAAUCUCUAAACUCAGAAAAGCAGGACAAAGAUGACUUUAAUGAAACAGUUUCUUAUUAUAGGCCCGUUUCCACCAUCAGAGCUUCUGGAUCAUUUUACCGAACCUUCAGGACAUGUUUGUGACUCCAUGGCCCAUUUCAGGGAACAACGGAGCACAUGCACUGGGGAAUGUACUCGGUAAAAGGCCUGGUAGAGUCACUGGGUGGGAAUUAAGGUUACCUCAUGCUGGUUGCUUGUAACUACGUAAGAAAGAAAGAAAGAAAACAAUAUUUUAUAUAGCGUCACGAGGUGCUUCACAAGAACAAACAUUUUAGACAUGAAAAAUAAUUUUUUUAAGGUAAAAAAAUAUUAAAAUGAGAAAAAAAAUGAUGAUUAAAAUGAGAAAAAAAAAUGUUGAUGAAAAAAUGCGAGAAAAGGGAAAGCGAAAAUUAAUAGGAAAGAGGGAAAUCAUUGGAUCCCGGGAAAGGCGGAAUAGGCAGAAAGUGCUGAAUAAGGAGAGAGUGGUAAUGAAGGCCACAUCAAAGCCAGCCUGAACAGGUGAGUUUUCAGGAGGAUCUCAGUCUUAUCUUCAUUCAGCUGUAGAAAGUUCCCAGCCAUCCAGGUUUUAAUAGUCUAAACAGGUGUAGCAGCUGCAGCUUAGACAUCUCACGGUGCUUAAAGGAGAUGUACAGUUGGAUGUCAUCUGCAUAACGAUGGUGGGAGACGCCUUUAAAAGAGCUCAGGAUGUGUUGAGUAGGAAAUGCCAUCAGUUGACGCUGCCAUACAACCAGCAUUUAUAAAUCUGGAAGAGUUGGUGAAGAGGCGUCGACCCAGUUUUGAAAUAGCCGUCUCUAAAACACCCAACACUGAAAAUUGCGAUCCCUCGGGCAACGCCAUAAUUCACGGCGCUUUGUUGUCUCACAGAGCGCCGUAAAAGACGACGCUUCUUCUGGUAAGAGAAAUGCUGCAUUUUACAACACACAACUGCACUCCCGGUUCCCUGGAUGUAUUAAAUUAAUGAUUUUGACA